AUGUGCCAACCGCCUGCUGAAGAGGUCGUCAGGGACAUGCUGGGCCCAGUCGUCUCACCGGAGGAUAACAUCGAGAGAAUUCGAGCCGUCCCCUCCCUCCGCCCGCGGAGAAUUUAUGAAGUCGUCCUUUCUGAUGGCAGGACCCUCCACCUCGUCUUGCCUUCCCUCACCAUGUGGCGGCCUCUGAGGUCCGAGCAGGACACGGUAUCCUCCGAAGCCGCCGCUGUGCGAUGGAUCAGAGAUACUGUUUCUCCCCAGCAAGAGACUACUACUACACCUACUACUACUUCUACUCCGCAACCGCACCAACCACGGCAACAACAUCAAGAUGAGCAACCCUCAUUCCCCGCCUCCUCCAGUCCCAACCUUCCCCCUUUACCCCUCCUCCUACCAACUCUCCUCCACCACGGCCAGAAAUCCCACCUCCCCGAAUCCUCCUUCGCAGUCUACGCCCCCGUCCCCGGCACGCCCCUCGCUCUUCUACCCUCCACCCCUUCGCGGUCAGCACAAAGCGCCAUCGACUACCAGCUCGGCGCUUUCUUCCGCACCUUGGCGAGCCUGACCUCGCCCACGGGACGUUUCGGCCCGCUCGCAGCAGUCGUCAACAGCAACGUCCCCCCGACAACAACAACAACAACAACAACCACCCUCCUCCCCAAAGUGAUAGUCGAAGGCGGACUGUCGGCGACAGGCGGCGCGGGGACGUGGUCGGUGGCGUUCCACUCCAUGCUGGAGGGGGUGCUGCGCGACGGCGAGGACAUGGCUGUCGUCAUGGCCUACUCGGCCAUCCGCCGGCAGCUUCGCCGGCUGGGGUACGUGCUGGACGAGGUUACGGUGGGCAGACUGGUGCUGGUGGAUUUCAUGCUGGAUGGGGUGGAAGGGAGGAGGAGGAAUGUCCUUGUCGUUGAUGAUGGAGAGGAGGAGGAUGGGGGGGGGAAAGAGGGAAAGGGGGAUGAGGGAAAGGGGGAUGAGAGAAAGGGGGAUGAGGUAGGGUUGAAGACAAGGGAAGGUGGUGAUGUGGACGGAGAGGCGAGGAAUGGGAAAGGGGAAAAAGUAAAAGAGAUACAAAGGGCGGAUGUACAACAGGGGGAGGAGGGCGAGAAGGCCGCACCAACGGAAACAGACUCGCAUCCACGGCACCGACUACGGGUCACCGGCCUCUGCGACUGGAGCAGCUGUGUGUUUGGCGACCCCCUCCUCGCGGCCGUGUUUAGCGACCCGCAACAGCAACAGCCGCCCUCGAGCGCGUUCCUCGGGGGCUUCAGCGGCGAGAAGCAGCGCGAGCCCAACCCAGACUACCACCACAGGAGGCCCCUCGAUCCACACCACCACCUCCCCUUCCCCUUGAACGAGAUUGUCAUUGAAGCUACCGACACGGCCUGGAUCAGGAUCUUGCUCUACCAGGUCUACCACGCUGCGACGCAUAUCGUGGGCGAGUUCUACCGGCCGCGGCAGGACAGCAGUGCCCGGGAGCUUGAGGCGCGAAGGAAGCUGAACGAGGCGCUGGCGAGACUGGCUGAGGUGCCGGAUGAUGCGAAGAGGAAGCACCAAAGGCCGAGUGGCGAGAUGUCGCCUGCAAAGAGACAGAGGGGCCCCGAAGAGAGGUGUUGA